ACACCUGUCUUUUAAGCAGACAGCGCCUCCUGCUGCUGACAACCUGCAGUGAUUUACUGCACAAAAGACUCCGCCCAGCAGGAAGCACCGCCCACCCGCGCUGAGCCGGUAACUACAUCAAACAACAUCCCGCUGCUGCUUCAACUAAACUUUGACUCAGAUUCAGAUUCUGUUCUUUGUUUGUCUGAUCCUCAAAUACCCGAGACCCGAACCCAGAGGAAGACCAGCUCCGGGUGCGUACUGACGAUCAGAUCCAGGACUCUGCUCUGCAGGAUACAGCUCACAGUCACACUGGAUCCACAAAGACCAAAGUCCCAGCAGAGUCUGAUCCCGGUUCCAGCAGGACGCGCGUGGACGGACUCACUGAGCGCGUGCUCACGGUUCUGCAGCGUCUCUGACCAGGUCCUGGUCCUGGUCUCUGUCCUGAUAUAGCUCUGACAGGCGCGAUGAGACUUCGGCUUCGGUUCUGAUGGACGCAGUGAUGAAGAGGAAAAAUAAAAGUUUCCAGAUUAUCAUUGAUUAUCGAUCCCGCCCGUGGACAAACAAAUUUAACAGAUCCAUGUUCUCCUGAAAAAACCCGACUACUGGAUGGUUCUGGUCUCAGCGCGGAUGUUCGCCGCACCGCCGCACCUCGUGCUCCUCCUCGCGCUUAGUCUCUGCUCCGCGGUCACUGAUGAGGUCAAUUCUGACCGGUACGAGGUUUACUGGAACUCUACCAACCCCAGGUUCUCUGGUGGUGAGUACACGGUGGAGGUGACCAUCAAUGAUUACCUGGUCAUCUACUGUCCUCACUAUGAGGGGGUGGGGUCAGCAGAGCGUAUGGAGGGGGCGGAGUCAGCAGAGCAUAUGGAGCAGUACGUGUUGUACAUGGUGAACUACGACGGUUUCAUGACGUGCGAUUAUCGCAGGAAUGGAUUCAAACGCUGGGAAUGUAACCGCCCACUCAACGUCAACGGACCAAUCAGGUUCUCCGAGAAAUUCCAGCUGUUUACACCAUUUAGUCUGGGCUUUGAAUUUAGACCAGGACACGAGUACUACUACAUUUCGUCGUCUCGUCCGAACUUCACAGAAAAACGAUGUUUGAAGCUUCGAGUUUACGUCAAACCAAACAACGAUUCUGUAUAUGAAUCUGCUGAGUCAUUCAUCACCGAUGACAUCAGUGGUGGUGUCCCCGCUCUCCCUCGCCUCUCUCUUCUCUUCACACUGUCGCUCGCCCUCCUACCCCUCAUCCUCUUGCCAUUGCUCUGACCUCUGACCUUCACCUGCUCAGCCAGUCAGGAGGCAGCGUGUCAACAUUGCAGAGACUACGGAGGCCUGGGAGGACCGAAACAUGACUCAGCAAAGCCCGGGAGGACUCAUCGAAUAUUUCCUCAAUGAAACAACAAAUGAAUUUUGACUGAAGUAAAACCAAAACAAAUGAACAUGAGUUAGUUCAUAUCUCUUCUUCAUAAACAACCUGAAAACGUGAACAUUGAACUAAAAAUUGAAUCAAUUAAAGAGAUAGUACAGGUUUUCUAAAGCUGUGCUGUGAGCUCCCCCUGCUGCUGAGAACAUGUUUUACUUUUGUGCUCAGUGAAAGCACAAAAAAAAUAUUUUAUCCACUUAAUAAAAGAAUUAUAAAAUCUA